AUGAGCAACACGCAUGUCGAAGCGCCGAUCACCAUCCCCUGGACACCACAUGAUUACCAGCCACUUCCCCGACCGUCGAAUAUGAACGAAUUGACGAAAUUGAUCAUAAAUUCACCCGGUUUGACGAGUCUCCCCUCAAUGCCCACAAUCGGAAAUCUCAACAAUAGCCCCACUUCAGCGUUCAGUCAGCCACCCCAAAACAGUGCCUUUUCACCGCCUUCUCCGUCUCUUCUAUUGGCCGCACUCGCUCAACAACAUUCCCUUGCCAAUUCCACGCCCAAUCUCCCCACCCAGAAUCCGAAUUUCCCGCUCGAUCUCGCCCGAUUCCAACAGCAGUUCCAACUGCAACAAGCUCAACAAGCGAUCCUUCAACAAAUCAUUUCCAAUCAACUCAAUUCUGUUAACAACAAUGGAUCGAGGAGUGCUCCAGCAACUACAACAACAUUCCCCACGCAAUUCCCGUCGAUGAACCCUGCCAUUUUGCAUGCACAGCAAACAAAAGCACAAGGUUUCCCAUUCACAAAUCUGAAUCCACUUCUGGGUUUAAAACCACCGCUUCUCUCAAAUCUCAACAACAUGCCUCCACCGAAAAUGAUUCCACCAAGAACAGUGCUACGAAAGAAUCUAUCGGUCGGACAAAUCGAUUGUCAGUCAACGAUGCCGAAAGAUCAACCCAGAUCGCCGUUCAUUCAAAAUUUGCAAACGAUGAAGACAUUGAUCAAUCAAACGACGCUCAAUGAUCACGUCGAUUUCCCCGGUACUUCGACCGCUCAAACAACGCUCAUCAACAAUAAACCAAAAAGCACAAGCGAUUCGGGCAGAAGUGAUGUGAGAUCGAGAAGCUCAUCCGGAUCAUCGCAUGAAUCUUUUGAAAUGGGUCGAUUACCCACCACGAACUACUAUCCGACGCAUUUCAUGAAGGGCACGAUCAUCGAGUUAGCUGAUGGACGAACGAAGAAGGUAGAAGACAUGAGCUCUGAUGAUUUCCUCAAAUUCGCCGAAAUCUCCAGCUAUUUGACGAUGGAAACGAGUGUUGUUGAGGGAAUCGAACAAAUUGGGCAACUCAUUCGAGUGCAUUUCUUAAUCGGCGAUGAUAAAGCCGAAUGCACACAGGAAUAUCAACCAGAACAUCCAUUUUUCGUUGUCGCACACGGAUGGAGUAGUCAUGAUCCAAGGAAAACGAAAAACACGUAUGGAUUGGAUGCAAGGCAAUUAAUGGUUGGUGAUAUGUGCAUAUCUUUGACACAACGACCAGAUGAUGUGAAUGGAAGAGUGCUUGAGGAGACUGUUUCGAUCAGUGAUGCGAGGAGAUUCGCUGAUCGAGAUGCUAUUGAGAGAAACUCGAGAGACAGGAAACGUCGUCACUCUCUGUCCGAUCAAUCUUCAACAACGGAUUCCGGGAACAAUGAUGUCGUUUCUGGUGGUUCGUCCAGUUCCGGCUCAUCCCCAUUACUCCAUAAAAAAGAUGAAGAAACGGAAAAUGAGCAAAAUGAAGAACAAAGAGAUUGCGGUCAUGGAUCGUCGGUGGAAAAGAAAAUUUGCCACAAUUCCGAAGAAAUUAAUGUCUCAGCU